AUGAGUGGCCGGACCCGGAAGGAGAUGUCUGAUACUCACAGCAGCCCUCUUCUGGCAGAGCCUCUUUCCAGCAGAUACAAACUCUACGAGUCAGGGUUAACCAGCCCUAGCUGGCCCUCCAGCCCCCAGGAUACACACCCAGCCCUGCCCCUCCUGGAAAUGCCUGAAGAAAAGGAUCUCAGGUCAUCCAAUGAAGAAAGCCACAUCGUGAAAAUUGAAAAGCCCCAUGAAAGAAGUAAAAGGAGAGAAAGCAGAGCCGUCCCCCGGGGCUCUGCAGGAAGCAGGGGCAUCAGCCUCUUCCAAGCAGUGGGCUACCUCACGGGCGAAAUGAAGGAGUGCCGGAGCUGGCUGAAAGAUAAGCCGCUGGCCCUCCAGUUCACAGACUGGGUCCUGAGGGGGGCUGCUCAGGUGAUGUUCGUCAACAACCCUCUCAGUGGGUUCAUCAUCUUCAUUGGGCUCCUGAUCCAGAAUCCCUGGUGGACAAUUUCUGGGGGUCUGGGGGCAGUGGUCUCAACCUUAACUGCCCUCGCCUUGAGCCAGGACAGGUCCGCUAUCGCCUCCGGACUCCACGGGUACAAUGGGAUGCUGGUUGGACUGCUGAUGGCCGUGUUCUCCAAGAAGUUUGACUAUUACUGGUGGCUUCUGUUUCCUGUGACCUUCACCGCCAUGGCCUGCCCAAUUCUUUCUAGCGCCUUGAAUUCUAUCUUCAGCAAGUGGGACCUCCCAGUCUUUACGCUGCCCUUCAACAUCGCAGUGACCCUGUACCUGGCAGCCACAGGCCACUACAAUCUCUUCUUCCCUACAACACUGAUAGAGCCCGUGUCUUCAGUGCCCAACAUCACCUGGACAGAGAUAGAAGUGCCCUUGCUGCUACAAGCCAUCCCCGUCGGGAUCGGUCAGGUGUAUGGCUGCGACAAUCCCUGGACGGGUGGCGUGUUCCUGGUGGCUCUGUUCAUCUGCUCACCACUCAUCUGUUUGCAUGCAGCCAUUGGCUCAAUUGUGGGGAUGUUAGCAGCCCUGACAGUGGCCACGCCCUUCGAGAUGAUCUACAUGGGCCUCUGGAGCUACAACUGCGUCCUCUCCUGCAUCGCCAUCGGAGGCAUGUUCUACGCACUCACCUGGCAGACCCACGUGCUGGCCCUCGUCUGCACCCUGUUCUGCGCGUACAUGGGAGCAGCCCUCUCCAACAUAAUGGCAGUGGUUGGCGUGCCACCAGGCACCUGGGCCUUCUGCCUCUCCACCCUCAUCUUCCUGCUCCUGACAACCAACAACCCCGCCAUCUACAAGCUGCCCCUCAGCAAAGUCACCUACCCAGAGGCCAACCGCAUCUAUUACCUGACAGUGAAAAGCAGUGAAGAAGAGAAGUCCCCCAGUGGCGGUGGUGGGGAGCCACCAGUCACGACAAGCCCCAAGGCCGAUGAGGGCUCAGAGGCCGUGCUGCCCAAGCCCAGGAGUGUGUUCCACAUCGAGUGGUCAUCCAUUCGGAGGAGGAGCAAAGUGUUUGGGAAAGGCGAACACCAGGAGAGACAAACUAAAGACCCUUUCCCCUAUCAAUACCGGAAGCCCACGGUUGAGUUGCUGGACCUGGACGCCAUGGAGGAGAGCUCAGAGAUAAAGGCAGCCUCGAGCAGUUCCAGAGCAGCCUGGAUCCAAGGUUACCUGGCAGCCUACGGGAGAAGGGUCAGCAAAGCCCUCAGCUACGUCACGGGAGAGAUGAAGGAGUGCGGAGAGGGGCUUAAAGACAAAUCCCCGGUGUUUCAGUUCCUCGACUGGGUCCUCCGGGGGACAUCUCAGGUGAUGUUUGUGAACAACCCCCUCAGUGGCAUCCUCAUCGUCCUCGGCCUCUUCGUCCAGAACCCCUGGUGGGCCAUCUCAGGCUGCUUGGGCACCAUUGUGUCCACUCUGACAGCCCUCGUCCUCAGUCAGGACAAAUCGGCCAUCGCAGCAGGACUGCAGGGCUACAACGGGGUGCUGGUGGGGCUGCUGAUGGCUGUCUUCUCAGACAAAGGCGACUAUUAUUGGUGGCUCUUGCUCCCUGUCAUCAUGAUGUCCAUGUCUUGCCCCAUCCUCUCCAGCGCCCUGGGCACCAUCUUCAGCAAGUGGGACCUCCCGGUGUUCACGCUGCCCUUCAACAUCACGGUGACCCUGUACCUGGCAGCCACAGGACACUACAACCUCUUCUUCCCCACGACGCUGCUGCAGCCUGCCUCCUCUGUGCCCAACAUCACCUGGUCGGAGAUCCAAGUGCCUUUGCUUUUGAGAGCCAUCCCUGUUGGAAUCGGCCAAGUGUACGGCUGUGACAACCCCUGGACUGGAGGCAUUUUCCUCAUAGCUUUGUUCAUAGCUUCGCCUCUUAUUUGCUUGCACGCUGCGAUUGGAUCCACCAUGGGGAUGUUAGCAGCUCUCACUCUCGCAACACCCUUUGACUCCAUCUACUUCGGCCUGUGUGGCUUCAACAGCACUCUUGCCUGCAUCGCCAUAGGGGGCAUGUUCUACGUCAUCACCUGGCAGACCCACCUCCUCGCCAUUGCCUGCGCCCUGUUUGCAGCCUACCUGGGUGCUGCCCUGGCUAACGUGUUAUCUGUGUUUGGACUACCACCCUGCACUUGGCCCUUCUGCCUCUCUGCACUAACCUUCCUGCUUCUGACAACCAACAACCCCGCCAUCUACAAGCUUCCACUCAGCAAAGUCACCUACCCAGAGGCCAACCGCAUGUAUUAUCUGUCCCAGGAGAAAAACAGAAGACCAUCAACCAUAACAAAGUACCAGGCCUAUGAUGUCUCCUAA